AGCGAUAAAUUUUAAGAAUAAUUCGUGGUGCGUUUUGAGAAGUACCACGUCCACGAAUUUUAUCAUGUUUAUUUUUCGAAAAUGUUCGUAAUUGCAGAUUACGGCUCCCGUGAAUUAAGAAAUAGUGCUUUAGGGAAUAAUAGGUUUGCCACUUUGAUUGAAGAGUGAAAUAAGAAAAUGAAGUGGCCUCGUUCCAUCUUGACCACUGCUGGCCUGGCUGUAGUCUUCAUCAGCCUUGGCUCGUUGAAAGUUCUGCUCAUCAAGUUUUCUGAAAAUGAAGAAGGGAAGUAUGAGUAUCUCCCCGUGACUGUGAACGUCUCAUCAGAGCUCAUCAAGUUGGUGGUGUGUCUUCUUUUGUCCAUAAAAUAUUUCAUUAAAGAUCACAGAGACGGCAAGUCAUUCUGCUGCAGCAGCAGAACGGAGGUUCUCGACUUUGCAAAAUGGUCUGUGCCUGGGGCCCUUUAUUUCAUGGACAAUUUGAUUGCAUUUUACAUUAUCAGAUAUUUCCAGCCAGCGAUGGUAGUUUUACUUGGAAACUUUUACAUCAUCACAACGGCUGUGCUCUUCAGGAUUCUGCUCAAGAGGAAACUCAAUCGGACUCAAUGGGUGUCGCUGUUCAUCCUCUUCCUGUCCAUCAUGAUCUUAUCCCUCCAAUCACAGCAGGACGUUCAAGUGGAUCACCAUAGGCAUCACGCUGUCAAUCAUCUUGUUGCUACGGACAACCAGAAUAUGACAGGUGUCUGUCAACCAAUGAGACACUCGUUUUCAGUACAGCACAAAAAUACUACGAAUUCUAAAUUAGAAAGACAGGAUGUCUUUACUGACACGAUAGACAAUUCUGGUGGAUUUAAAUUCGAAUUUAACGAAGGAUACAUUCUAGUCCUCAUACAGUGCAUUAUAUCUUCGACUGCAAACGUCUAUAAUGAAAAAAUAUUCAAGGAAGGUGCUGGCAUGGAGGAAAGCAUUUAUAUUCAGAAUAGUAAACUGUAUUUCUUCGGGGUCAUAUUCAAUGCCAUAAUUCUUCUCAUUCAGAGUAUCUACCGUGGUAGAUUACUGCACUGUGGCUUUUUCUACGGACACAAUAUCUACUCCGUCAUGUUAACAUUUGUGACUGCAGGCUAUGGACUGACGGUGGCGUUAAUUUUGAAGUUCCGUGAUAAUAUGUUCCAUGUGAUGUCGACACAAGCUACGACGGUUCUGAUGAUUUCAGCGUCGAUGUACUUCUUCAACUUCCGGCCGCCCUUGGAGUUUUUCCUCAGUGCUCCGAUAGUCUUGUCUGCAAUCUACCUGUUUAAUAUAACGAAGAGUAAAAAGACUGACGGUAAUGGAGAUUAUAGACCAUUGGAAAACGCAGAAGAUGGUGACGUACCAGAGGAGAGGCGAGCUCUCGUCAAUGUGAUAGCCAAUGAUUUACUGGAAGAUUAACCCAAUAUCCUCCUAUGCCAAGGUCUACUUGCUGUAAGUUCAAUGCCGAUUUCAAUGCAAAAACUUGCUGCUUUUUCCGUGUUCAGGAUUUGACACACAUUCACCCAGUUACUUGAAAUGAUAUCGUUCGAAGUGAGUGGACAUUUCUUAUAUUUCUUAUUGACAGAAAUUUGACGGUGAGUAAAUGAUUGUUCACUCAGAACUCGUCACUAAUUCGGCAUUUAAUUCAUGGUGACUGCUGACCUGGGGGUACAGGGUUUGCAUUGACUGGUGCAUGAGGGUAGCUCGGUAGCAAGCCAUGUCUUUCAAAAAUGAAGGUGCUCACUUUUUUGAGCCUUCUAGAUAUUUCAAGGCCCACACUUUUAAAGGGUAAUUGGAUUAAUUAGAUCUAAGAGCCAAAUUUGUAGCUUACUUGUUGCAACCAGAAUUUUCACUGUUUUCUGUUUGCUAUACUAGCUUGCUGUAGUCUGCCAGACUAGAAUUUGCGGGGACAAAUCGAAAUUAAAAAAAAAGUUUGAGGUGCUCAAUUUUCUGAGCUAUGUGCUCAUGAAAGUGAGCACCUUAAUUUGAUUUAAGGUGCACUGAGGUGCUCAAGUGUAAUUGAGCGCCUUAAAAGGCAAGGCCUACCGAAGGCAUUAUUUCUUUGUAUAAACCUGCAUUGAUUGACUAACCCAUGCCUAUUCUAUCAAACACAGGAUUUUUGGCUCACCGUAGGGGAGUCUAUACAACAGCGCAGUGUCCGUCGUCCGUCGUCGCCAUCGUCUGUAUCCUGUUUCAAAAACAGUGGCACGUUUCUUAACUGCUAAAGGUACGAACUUGAAACUUUGUACACAGGACCCCCCCAGGUCAGGUGACCUCUGACAAAGAAUUUCGGUCUGAUCUCAUUCUUGACUUGGCCACCAGGGGGCCAGAAGUGGAAACCUAAAAGUGUGAUAUCUCUCUUAUGAGUGACUUGUUUUCGAUGAAAUAUUUAUGGUAGGUUCUCCUAGCAAGGAUACAUCACAUAUCAUAUGGGUUUUAGAUUUAACCUAAUUUUCAAGGUCACAGAUGUCAAAUGGCGUAAAUUGGCCGUUUGAGUGUAACUAUAGCACGUUUCUUAACUGCUAAAGCUAUGAACUUGAAUAUCGGUACAGAUGACUCCCUACAUCAUAUAACCGCUGACAUCAAAUUUCAAUCUGAUCUUAUUCUUGACUUGACCACCAGGGGGCCAAAACUAAAAAAGGUAAAAAGUGCAAUAUCUCGCUUAAUAGUGACUUGUUUUUGAUAAUAUUCUUAUGGUACUUACUCCAAGCAUAGAUGCAUCACAUGUCAUACCGACUUUGGUUUGACCUAUAUGCUAUACAUGUACAAUGUUUCUUAACCAGGAUGAAUUACAAAGCUUCAGCGUGGAAAAAACAAAGUGGCUUGGAAGGGAUUUGAACCCGACACCUUUUUGUCAAAAGUUCUGGACACAAUCCAACUUUAUGCUGAAAUUAGCCUUUUAUUCAAUUUCUCCGAACUUUUUGUUACACCUCCUAUUAAACAUGUUAAAAUUCUCAACAACCAGGUACAAAUCCCCUUUGUAUUAUGAAAAUACUUUUUGUCUUACUGCAAUUUGUAGUCUACCUCUCGCCUACAGUCCUAAUCCCAAUUGACAUCCGUCCUGCUUCGCGUCCCACGCGUCAAUGACGCACAAGUGACAUGCUUAUCUUUCUAUUUUUCACAUAUAUUACGCUCGGUCCAUGCGCCACUUAUGCACGACCUACGCACUAGGUAGCGUGUCACUGACGCUAUUUGGGUGAUUAUCAGAUUAGGGGCCCAAUAGGAC